AUGACCAGUGCUUCAUUUUUGGCUGCUCUACGCAGAUUUAUAUCAAGACGCGGUAAACCAUUGACCAUGUGGAGUGACAAUGGAACGAACUUCGUUGGAGCAGAAAGAGAGUUGACUGAAUACAUACAAAACGUGGCAAAUCACCUAGCAAAUGAAGGUGUAACGUGGCACUUCAACCCACCAUCGGCACCGCAUUUUGGCGGGCUCUGGGAGAGUGGCGUCAAAAGUGCAAAAUAUCAUUUACUGCGUGUACUAAAGGAAGGUAGUCUGACGUACAGUGAACUGGAAACUUUUUUAUGCCAGAUAGAGGCCUGUCUCAAUUCUACACCACUCACUCCCAUGAGCAGUGAUCCGUUUGACAUGGACCCUCUUACUCCAGUGCAUUUUAUAAUUGGAGGCCCUAUGUUUUUCCACCCAGAACCAGACGUAUCGAAUGAAAGCCCGAACAGACUGUCAAAAUGGAAAUCCGUACAAGGUUUGAUGCAAACAUUUUAG